UCUGAAACGGAGAUUCUGGCGCCUUGUUCCAGGACUUUUUUUUUUUCUCUUUUCUUUUCAGUACAGGGAAAGGGUAGUAGAAUUGGGUUAAGGGAGAGAGUUGCAGGUAAUUUCCACAGAAGAUGCGGCGCCGAUGAUCAGCUGCUGCCGGGACCGGCAGAGCGCUUGUGCUAGAGAACAGGUCCGAGAGAUAUGAAUGAACUUCCAGAGAUGAGAGUACAGGAAAUGAAAGGAGAAGAAAGAAUUAUGUUCCAGCAAACAACGUCGGUGAGCGCAGUUAGUUUCCCAAGCUCAGCUCAGCUCUCGCGAGACUGAUGUAAUUCAGGUUAAGGUCAGGUCCAGUGGUUCACACGUCCAGCUGGAAUCCCCUGACUUGACUCGUCGCCGCUAACGCCGGAAGGUGGCGAAAGAAGAGGAGAGAGCGGAGAAGUGAGGAAUGCAGAAGGUAAAGAAGAAAGAAGGGAUAGGGCUAGGGGAAGAUGAUGGGGAUGGGAUGGAAGCGUGGGAAGACGUGUCCGAAGCCAGACUGCGGGUGGAGCGCGAUGGGAAGCGGAAGCAGAAGCAAGAGGAUGAGGACAAGAGAGAGAGGGAAGGACAGCGGCGAUCUCGACCUCAACUCUCCUCCGGCCUUCUCUCGGCUUCGGUUGAACUUCCGCUCCGGACCCCAGAUCGUGACGCGUCGGGAUGGUGUUGUUUCGAACUCUAUUAGGAUCGCAAAUGAUUCACGAAUUUUCUUUUUAGCUGUGAACUACUCCAUCAGAGAUGUGCAGUGUCCUCUGUCUGCUGUGAUUGGUCGUGGAGAGCAGUGCUGCUUCUCACGCCGGCCAUUUGCUUCUCCGUCCGAGAGAGAGAAAGAGAGACCGUGCUAUUCAUAGCCCGGCCUAGAUUGUUGACUAUAUGUGAUCGCGUUAUCGAUAAAACCCCCAUCCUCGAACGAGCUAAUUACAUUCUAUGACUACUACCUGCUUAUCCCAGUCUCUUUGGCAUUCCUCAAUUAUUUUCAGCUAGCCCAGCCAACGCCAUGGCGGUCAUACAAGUGGAAAAAGAAAGUGGAUGCAGUUACCUGCCUGCGUAUACGUCCAUUCUCAUCACCAUAACU